AUGGUCACAUCUACGCUCAUUGGCCCACUCAGUCUUUACAUCAAAAUCCGAUGCAGACCUCACCCCAUCACAAGCAGAUGCUCUUUUCACAUCUCAACUCAACACCUCCCAACCUACCUCUCCCCAAACGCCUUCAUAAUAACCUCCAUCACCACAUCACUUUCUGAAUCAUCAAGACUCCACGCCGACCUCAUCAAACACGGCACCAUUCUCCCCAUCCCCUCAGAUUCAUCACCAGGAGCGCAACUAACAGUCACCACCGCAUCUCUCACACCCGAACAAAUCGCAAAUCAACACCCUUAUCUCAGCACUAAGCAGAAGGCGAGACUCAUUUCACUGUUGAGGUUCUGGGAAAUGGAAUGUGAGAGGUGGAGGGUGUUGGAUGAGGAGGAGGCUGCGAUUUUGAGGGAGAUGGAGGAGGAGGAGGAGGGGAUGAGUGGGGGCGCGAGGAUGGAUUUGGGGAUUCAGUUGAGGAGGAAUAGGAUGAUGAAGUUUAUGGUUCCGAGUCAGAGGGUUGAGGGAGGUGAUGCGGGUGGAGAGUGA